AUGGGCUCAAGAGACGUCGCGAGCAGACUGCGUGAGAGUGUCUGGAAUGGUAGUAUACCUCUAGAAGUGCGGUUGCAUAACGAAGAUUGUAGGACCUUCGACAAGUCUGAUCCAUACUUGAUCCAGUUCCCAAGACUAUCCUAUCUUGGCCUACUUGUUCGCAAUCUGCAUACCUUCUUUUCACCAAAUUUGAUCUAUCCUGAUGUCUCUUCAACAGACCUGUGGCUAUCAUACGAAGGUGUACCAUUGAAGUGGCACUACCCUCUCGGAUUGCUGUACGAUCUCUACUCUGGAGCCGAGCCAGCAUAUCCCUCAGACGUUUCGUCGCCUUUGUCGCCAUCCCACAGAACUGAAAGCUCGGAAGACGAGCACCGCAGCCUGCCAUGGAAGCUUACAGUCCAUUUCUCCAAUUAUCCAGCGGAGCAGCUCGUUCGGCUUGACAUCGAGGACAAAGUCAUGCACGAUCUAUUCAGAAACAGCGUCAAGGAAGCCGACUAUCUACGUAACGGAACUGGGAAGACCGUCAUGUUUCUGAGUGAGAAAGAUAGCACACAACUCUGGGACGCAGUCAGGCGACACGACUUCUCGCUGUACAACCCUAUCAACCAGAAGCUAUUAAACCCUCAAGGAGCUGCACUACGACACCUGCCUGUACGCAUAUAUCUCCCACAUGCUGCGAAUAACAGCGAGCAAAAGGAAACUAGUCCUGGUAGUUUGAGAGUUGUACAAAGUCUGGUCGCGCCGAAUCUCCCAUCGCGUAAGUGGGCAAUGCGGUGA